AUGGCUGUGUCCCGACUCUUCGGCCUGGCUUCGCUUGCCACAAGCUCACUUCAUGCCGUCUCUGCGUCCUCCGCCCAGCUACAACAGCCGUUGUUUGACGAUGCCCAUCAAGCAGCUCUGACCGAGGCGAAGAAGCCUCUGGUUGAUAGCGAGGCCCUGCAGGACAGUAUUUCCAUCGACAGACUUCUCAAGGGCGCCCAGGACUUGUAUGAUAUAGCGAACCUCAGCUCGCAUGAGUACAACCGCCCAACACGAGUAAUCGGCAGUGAAGGGCAUCUGGGAACGUUGGACUACAUCCGAAAAUCUAUCUCGGAACUGGGAGACUAUUACGAGAUCUUGGAGCAGCCUUUCCCUGCAUACGUUGGCUGGGUUCAAGAGUUCCGUCUCGUGAUCGGCAACGAUUUCUAUGAAGCCGCCCAACCCAUGAGUCUAACUCCCCCAACGGAGCACAGGGAGCCCGUCCGUGGUGAUCUGGCCCUUGUCGACAAUACUGGAUGCUCGUCGGAGGAUUACCCAUCCAGUGUCAAAGGGAACAUCGCCUUCAUCAGCCGUGGGACUUGCUCCUUUGGUGACAAAUCCGCCCAGGCAGGCAAAGCAGGAGCCAUCGCCGCUGUGAUAUACAAUAACGAGAAGGGCGAGCUCUCCGGAACGCUUGGUACCCCAGAUGACAACCACGUUGCCACUUUCGGCAUUCCUCUGGCGGAUGCCGAGCCUCUCCUCAAGAAGCUGGAGGGCAAUGAGACGGUUGAUGCGAUUGCUUAUAUCAGUUCAUGGGUCAAUAGUGCUAUCACGAAGAACAUCGUGAUUCAGACCGUCGAGGGUGACCCAAACAACUGCGUCGCUCUCGGCGCACAUUCUGACAGCGUCGAGGCAGGCCCGGGCAUUAACGAUGACGGAUCUGGGACGCUGUCUCUCCUAGAAGUGGCGAGGCAGCUUACCAAAUUCCGUGUUAACAACUGCGUGCGCUUCGCCUGGUGGUCGGCCGAGGAGGAGGGCCUGGUCGGGUCCAGCUACUACGCUUCCAACCUGUCCUCUGACGAAAACCUCAAGGUCCGCCUAUUCAUGGACUACGACAUGCUUGCGAGCCCCAACUUCGCCUAUCAAGUCUACAAUGCCACCAACGACGCGCACCCUACCGGGUCAGAAGAGCUCCGUGACCUCUACGUCGACUGGUACGAGGCCCACGAUCUCAACUACACCUUCAUCCCAUUCGACGGCCGCAGCGACUACGACGGGUUCAUCCGUGCCGGAAUCCCCGCUGGCGGGAUCGCCACGGGCGCCGAGGUAAUCAAGACGGAGGAGGAGCGCGAGUUAUUUGGCGGCAAUGCGGGUGAGGCGUUCGACGAGUGCUACCACCUGCUCUGCGACGACACGGGCAACGUCAACGUGACCGCCUGGGAGCUCAAUACUAAGCUGGUCGCACACAGCGUGGCUACCUAUGCGGCCUCGUUCGAGGGCUUCCCGAAGCGAGACCCAGAUACCCUACGGGCGAACAGUGUCGAGACGAACAAGUAUGCGCAGACUGUCAAGUACCGCGGCGACCAUCUUUUCAUUUAA